AUGUUUCUAUUCCAUGCAAUCACGUGGAAGGGAUCUUCACACCUGAGUUCCGAGAAACUGUCAAGAAAGUUUGUAUAUAUUGGGUUUAUUCCCUUAGCCUUCGUUGUUGGCGCCAUUGCUAAUGUUCUCAAUUGUCUGGUCUUCUGCAGACAGGGGCUGAGCGACCGCAUCAACCUGUGUCUGUUCAGUCUGGCGCUGUCCGACCUGGUGUACCUGACGGCGCUGAUGGUCCGGAACUUGGAGAAGCUGCUGGCGCUGGUGGUGGGCAAGUGGAUCGCCUCGCUGUGGCUGGAAAAACUGAUCCAGUUUCGUCUGCUCGCCAUGUACUCAGGCUUCGUCCUCGUGUCCAACUUCCUCGCCAGCCUCAUCUCGGUGGAGCGAUGCUUGUGCGUGGUGAGUCCACUCAAGGCGCGUGCGUACCUGCCGAUGAGGCUCAUGCUGACUUUCAUCAUCAUCGGGAGUGUGUUGAUCUUGACAGGCACGCAGUUCCUUGCCUUUAUGUACGAUGUGACGUGUACUGUGUACAUCGGGCCUGACAGAAACCAGUCGGACAUCAUGAUCAUAGCUUCCGAUGUUUACCGUGACAACCGCCUCCUGAUGGACGUCCUCGACACCUUUGUCUUCGCUUCCAUCGUGCCCAACACCUCUGUCAUCAUCACGGCCGUCACUACUGUCAUCACGGCUGUGAAGUUAAAGGCUGUCGUGCGUCAACGGAAGCAGCUCGCGUGCAGCCAAACAUUCAGUCUCAAAGAGGUGGCGGUGACCCGGAUGUUAAUCGUCAUUUCCGGUAUCUAUAUUGCAUGCGUCAGCCCUCGGGUCAUGUAUUCCGUUGUGCAGUUUAUUGUUGCCGAGUUCCGUGUGUGGGGCAGCCUCUGUAACCUCGCCAUCGUUUGCGAUGCCGUGUCGAACGCUUCUCUGGCUUUGCACUCGGCGGCCAACUUCUUCGUCUACUUCACGAUGGGCACGCGCUUCAGACUCACGCUUCGACGCACUGUGCACUCUGCUUAG